AAUAUGCACGAAUAUUAGUAGAAAUGGUUGAUCGAAUUAGUGAAAUGUCUGAUUUAACUCUUUCACUUGACGGAUGGAUGGAUGUAUCUAAUAACUCUAUAUAUGCUUUCCUUUUACAUAAAUUUGAAAAUAUUAAUGAAAUUAUUAAUAUAGAAGAAUUUUCUAGUAUUCGGCAUACAGCAAGUAAUUUACUUGUUGCAAUAAUAAACUCAUUGCAAAAUGUCUCUAUAGAUUUUAGUAAGAUUAUCGCUAUAGUUACUGAUAAUCCUUCAGUUAUGAUAUGGCUUCAAAAGGAUAUUUCAGAAAAAUAUCAAUAUGUUAUUGUUCUUCGAUAUAUAGUUGAUGCAAUUGCGAAACUUGAAUCUAAUAAUACAACUUUAGGUGAUAUAUUUGCAGAGUUGUUAUUUAUUUAUAAAAAGUUAAAAUCAAGUGAAUUUGAAGAUUUUGAUUAUGGAUUAAUUGAUCAUGCAAAAAAUAUA